AUGGACAUGGACAUAUGGACACGGCAACAGCCACUGCAGGAGGCGGCCCUGUUGAACUCCAAGUGCGGGGCAUCUCGAAGCUACAUGACCAGACCAGACCAGACCACAGGUUACACUUCUGACUCUCUGCCCUUCGUUACCUUACAAGCGGAUCACCUGCUCAUGUAUAUCCGCUCCUACUCCGGUCACUCAAGAUUGGUACACAACAACCCCAAGAAGCUGAGAAAUGGCCCCAAUGCGAUCUUCCGUUCCGCCCUCGAACCCAGCGGCGCAGCUGUUGUCCGCUCCUUCCACCACGACUGCAACAACCCUGACCACAAGCAUGUCGGUAGACAAAAGCACGCCCAUAACCGUAUCCUCGUCCCUAUCUGCCUGUUCCAACCAACCCAGCACCACGAGCCUGUUCUUGGACCCAGCACGCACCACCCGCCCCUCCCCUUCACUUGCAAGCACAUCCGCUGCACCACCGCCACCAACAACAGCCACAACAACCACAACAACCACAACAACAACAACAGCAACAACAACGGCAACAACAGCGACAACAUCAUCAUCCAGCCGCUCCCCGCCGUCGACAUCCCUCCCAUCGUCCGCCCGCACCGCAGGAGACCAAACCCACCACCCUCCAUAAGCAACCUGCUCGACUCGGAGCUGCAGACGCGCGCCAGGACGCUGCACGGCAACGCGGCGGCGAUCACGCGGCAGGAACGCGACGUGGGGCGCGCGACGGCCGCGCUGCGGGUGGAGAACGACAAGCUGGCGCGGUGGUCGGCGGAUGCGGCGCGGCGGGUCAAAGAGCUGGGGAGCGUGCAGAAUUGGGCCGAGGUGUUGGAGAGGGAGUUCCUCGUGUUGGAGGAGACGGUGAGGCUUGUGAAGGAGGGGAGUGCGGAGAGUGGGAGCGAGGGAAGGGGGGGUGAGGAGGAUGAGGAAGAGGGAGAGGAAGGGAGCGAGGCGAGUUGGUGUAGUGGCAGCUGUUGUCGUUCUCGCCGGGGGAGUGGGAGGUUGGGUAAAGGUGGUGACGCUGCUGUGGAUGAGUUGAGGGGCAAGGGGAAGAGGGCGGAACAAGAUGCUGACGGGGAUGUAAGCAUGGGCGAAGGUCGGAGAAAACCUCACAAACCUCCUGUCGACGAUGUGAAGGCCUGUCACGAGUCGGGGCUAUACGACACCAUGCAGGACACGACAUGA